GCGCAUCGUGGUGGGGGGCCGCGCGUCACCUGUCGAGGCGCUGCGCGUUGUCAGUGUGACGGCGACCGUCGUUGGUGCGGGUCGUGUCUUGUACGUGUCCCGUCGAUGAAGGAGUGAGACUGGUACGGUGUAUCGAGAAAGAGAGAGAGACACACACAUACAUACAUACACACACACACACACGCACGCGCGCGCGUUUCUACAUACAUACGUACGUGUGUUCGCCCAGUCGUUGUCCUGCCUAUUUCGCAUAUACGCGUACACGCACGCGCUUUCUCUCUCGUCUCCAUCCUUCGACGCUUUUCUUCCGCUUCAUUUCACCGGUUUUCGAACACGUCGAAGUGCGUGCUCGUACACCACCUUCGGUCUCGUGGAUGUGCGCGGUCAGGAAGCCGGUUGUCCGCAAGGAAACAUGCGUGAGCAAAGUUGGAGGACAACGACUGCGACAACGACGAGGAACACGCUGCACGUGACUGCGGCACCCUCGCACGUUCUGCUGCAGUGAGUGGAGAGAAAGGGAGGGAAAAGAGAGUGUGGUAGAAACACGUCCUUUCUCCUUCCGUUUACGCGUCAAAGUCUGUGUUUGACGAGGAGUAAAAAAAAAAAAGAAAUAAAGAGUGUCGGUGAUUGGUGCGAUAUCCGUGAGUUACCGAGGUUCUUUCUUUGCGUGAUCCGUUCUCGGAGGAGACUACGAAUCCUGGCACGUUUUCGGCGUUGUUCGAAUCAACCGAGAGAAGAUGAGGCGUACCAUCUUGGAUACGAGGAUGCACCCGGUGUUAUCCUGUUGGUGCGUCGUCGCCACCGUUACCCUCGUCCUCGCAGCGUGGCAGGAAAACAUCAGGCCGAAGAUGUAUGUCCAGCUCGGUGCGGAAGAUGUGUUCAGGUUUACGGGCAACGAGACGCACACAGACUACUUUCGGCUGAUGUUACGGGAUGGGAACUAUCUUCUGGUCGGCGGAAGAAAUCUCGUGCACAACCUGAGUCUGACCGACCUAACCGAGCAACAAAGGCUAAUUUGGUACUCGACCGACAGCGACGUAAAGAUGUGUCUGAUGAAGGGCACACCUGAAGAAAACUGCCAAAAUUAUAUUCGCAUUCUCGUGAAGACCGAUACGAACAUGUUGUUGGUGUGCGCGACAAACGCGUUCAAGCCAAUGUGUCGCGAUUACGCGGUACAUCCUGGCAAUUACACGAUGUUGAAGGAGAAAGGUGGUCAAGCGAUGUGUCCGUACGACCCACGUCACAACAGCACCUUCGUCUACGUGGACGGGGAACUUUACACCGGUACUGUGGCGGAUUUUGCGGGCAUGGAUCCUAUCAUCUACAGAGAACCUCUGCAAACGGAGCAGUACGACUCGAAGAGCCUUAACACGCCAAACUUUGUCAGCUCCAUGUCCCAGGGAGAUUUUGUCUACUUCUUCUUCCGGGAGACUGCCGUGGAAUAUAUGAAUUGCGGCAAGACCGUUUAUUCUCGCGUGGCGAGAGUCUGUAAAUACGAUCGCGGUGGUCCGCAUCGAUACCGCAAUAGAUGGACCUCGUUCCUAAAAUCCCGUCUCAAUUGUUCCGUCACCGGAGACUUUCCUUUUUACUUCAACGAAAUACAAUCAACGACGGAAUUGAUAUCGGGUCAGUACGGCAAUACGUCGGCGCAGCUGAUAUACGGCACGUUUACCACGCCGGUGAACAGCAUCAGCGGAUCGGCCGUUUGCGCUUUCUCCUUGCAGGACAUCACCGACACGUUCAAGGGUAACUUCAAGGAGCAAAGCGCUAUCAACUCGAACUGGUUACCCGUGCAGAGCGCCAAGGUGCCCGACCCGAGACCCGGUCAAUGCGUCAACGACUCUCACGCGCUGCCUGACCUGACCCUCAACUUUAUUCACACUCACUCUCUCAUGGACGAGUUGGUGCCCAGCUUCUUCGGUCAGCCCAUCGUCAUCCGCACCAGUUUUCAUUACAGAUUCACGCAGAUCGCCGUGGAUCCCCAAGUGAAGACACCGGGUGGUAAAACGUACGACGUGUUGUUCAUCGGCACCGACAACGGUAAAGUGAUCAAGGCGAUAAACGCGGAAUCGGCCGACACCCAUCUGAAGGUCAGCCCGGUGGUGAUCGAGGAGAUUCAGGCGUUCCCUUCGACGGUGCCCGUGCGCGGAAUCAAAGUCGUGAGAGCCUCGCAAGCCGGAGACGGCCUCGAGGAUGGCAGACUGGUCGUGAUAGCCGACAGUCAAGUCCAAGCCCUCAGGCUGCAUCGGUGCUACAGCGACAGGAUAUUGUCGUGCGGCGAAUGCGUGGCCUUGCAGGAUCCCUACUGUGCCUGGGACAAGGUGGAGGGCAAGUGCAGGGCCUUGGUUGGACCAGCGGCCACCGACGCGAGCAGAUUCCUCCAGAGCAUCGCGACUGGUAUGCACGUUUCUUGUCCACCGAGCAAAAGUCUGAACAAGGACGCGGGCAGCGUCGGCGCCAUUUCCGCGAACCAGAAUAAAUUCCCGCCAGACUCGAUGAUUCCCAACAAAGAUAGUCCGGGAGGGGAGAUCAUCAACAUCAUGCAGGACGAGGAACAGGACAGUUCAGGCCCGGAAGUGUCCGCGGCAGACUCGCCACCCCCGCAGUACUCCGUGGAAACUCUUGUAAUGGCCGUGGUCGCUGGCGCAUUGGCGGCCCUGUUGGUCGGUUUCGUAGCAGGUUACCUGUGCGGCAGAAAGUGCAGAAAGGACGAGGACGACAACCUGCCAUACCCGGACACGGAGUACGAGUAUUUCGAGCAACGGCAAAACGUGAACAGCAGGUUAGCGCCCGAGCCGAAACUGCUGCCCCAGGAGGAAGUAACGUACGCGGAGCCGGUGUUGGUGCCCCAGCCUCCGAAGUUGCACUCGCCGAAAGGCACGAUGCGAAAACCACCGCCUACGCCGACGGAAACGCUGUUCCAAUUUCCAGACGGUUACGGGUUCCGCGGUCCCAGGGAUAAUUUCGGCACCUUGCGAUCUCAUCAGGGCGACGCGUAUCGGCGCAACGACGGGUUCGCGACCACCCGCAGCGUAAAGAAGGUUUAUCUCUGAGAAACGAGCGAGGAGGGAGGUGGGUCACCGGAGCUUAGGACGGCCAGCACGCAAUCGCCACAACGCGACGACAGCGGCAAGGAGUAGUCGCGCUGUGACAUCCGGAGGACAGUCGAAUCGCGAGCUCGCGGGUCCGAGGGCACUAGAAUCACCCACGCCGCCUUCCAGCGUUUCGUCCAGUUCUCCGUCGCCUCCCUCCUCGUCACCUUCGCCCACACUCGUACCGAUCGCCAUGAGCGGUGCUUCGCCGCCACCGCCAACGCCGCCCUGCAGCUUCAUCUAUCGGUCAUAGUCGUCGUCGUCGUCGGCGUCGGCUUCCUCGCCGCCGCCGUCGUACUCCGCCUCUUGUUACACGCGACGCCAGCAGCCGGGACACCGUUCUACGGACCUACCGCGCGUUCCGAUCCUUUGUAAUUAAGCGAGAGCCGUGCCGCUUCGAUUUCAUCGAGACACGGCGCACCCUGCUGCCACGCGUUUCCACGUUUUCCUUUCGUUGCGAGUUCCUUGCGUUUUUCGCUUACGCUCCUCGUUUUCGUUGCGCUUCGCGCGGCCAGCUAUCGUCCGCGGCACGAGAACAGUCGCGAUCCAUUCGCGGAACGCGGAAACGGAAUUCCGCGUUUCGAAAGCCGAGAGAACGCGACGUUGCGAUCUCCGUCGGUUUUUCGAUUGAUCGUUCCCACCGAAAAACCAAAAGAAUAAGCGCGUCUAUAGUAUUACGGCAAGGUUUCUUCUCGUCAAGUCAAUUAAAAGAGACUAUCGUCGGACUCGACUUGCGAUUUUUCUAAUGUUAUAAUAUUUAACGCGAGUGAUCGACAGUGCCAUUAUCGUUCGCGUAAUACUAUCGCGUGCCUCUUGAAAUUGCAUAAGGGAUGAAUUUGGAUGUCUCUCUCGAUCGAUCGAGAGAGAGAGCGAGAGAGAGAGAGGGAGAGAGAGAGAGAGAGAGAGAGAGAGAGAGAGAAAGAAAGAGAGAGAUAGGAGGAAAUUUCGCUGGUCGACGAGGAAACGGAUAGAACAAGGCGAAACUCGUUGCGUGCGUGUAUGUUUAUUAUUGGAUUAGACAUCGUAGGAACACGAUCGUUGCAUCCUGUAUCGAUCACGGAGAUCGCCGCGUUGCCUUUCGGGGAUGGCUCGUUUUCAUCGGAAACGAGUCUCUAUUACCGCGGUUCGGUAAAACGAGCAAAGAUACCGUCGAGAGUAUUCCUAAGUUUUUCUCGUACCUUUCGGUAACGCGCAUUUCAUCGGCUGCACAUAUACGUAAUAGGAAAAACGAGAAGAGAGUCAAGGGAAGAGAGAGAGAGAGAUAAAAAA